CUAAUUUCAACUUAGGGUUUUAAGGUAGAAACAAUAAAGAUGAAAGCUUCAUUGAAAUUUCGUGAAGAGAAGAAGCCAGUUUUGAGAGCCAAAAUACCUCUCAGCAUCUUAGGCCUGCCCUUUCAAUCGGGGAUCGUCGCCGGCGAUUCCAAGGAGUUCGCCUUAAAUCUCUCCACCUUCUUCGAAUCUGGACCGUCCAUCAAGAUUGCAUACCGUCCUAAUGACACGUGGAGCCCUUUCUCUCUUAUCAUCAAGACUGGAACCGGAGCCUUUGGUUCCCCCGUCUCCAGCUCCAUGCUCAUGAGUGCCGAGUUUAACCUCCUUGGCCGUGGAAACCCUAGCUUUAUGCUUCACUUCAAACCCCAGUUUGGGGAUUUCUCGAUCAAGAAGUCGCAGUCUUCUGUUUUCGAUAAAGCCGUGAAGCCUAGCAAUGGCGGCGUUUUGGAGGACGAUUCGUUGAUUGAAGUGGUGGAUUUUCCUGCUGUUAGUGGCGAUUCGAUCGGGUUCUUUGCCGAUAAAAGAAAACUGGCGGCUUUCAAUUCGAAGGAUUUCGCGGGGAUACUCUCCGGAAUGGAGAUAGCAGCGAGGACGUCCGUGCCGGUUAAGGGAAAGGCGUUGGUGAAAUUCCGUUGGGGGAUGAGGAUUCCAUCGGAGAUGAAGAGUGGUGUAGGCGGAAUUGCCGAUCCAAAGACUGGGUUUUCGUUGGCGAAGAUUCCAUUCUUGGUGAUGGAAAAGAUCGGGAUCGAACACGUGGACGGCACUGAAUCCAAGCAGGAUAUAUCCACCGCCAGUAAAUCGGGUCCAGAGGCUGGCCCUAAUUCCGACGCGGCGGAAGUGUGUUAUACAAUCAAACGACAGCUGGAAGCUUUGAAAUCCGAGAAUGGGUCACUGAGGAGAGCCGUGGAGGAGCUCAGGCAUGAAAUAUCCAUGGGAAAAUAUAGAGAAUUCGAAAGAACUUCAAUCAGCAAACCGAAAACGGAGAGAGAGGAAACAAUGAGAAGAAAUCAAACGAGAAUGGAGAGAGGAAACAAGGAGAAGAAAUCAGUGGAAGGGGAUUUGAGCGGGGAGUUGAAGAAAGCAUUGAAAGGAGCUGGUGGGUCUUGAAUUUGCUGCCAUAUAAUGAUAAUGUUUCAAAUCGCGGUCGCGGUCACGAUUUCGGUCAUUUCGGGUUUACCGUGAUUGUGGCCGUCACGGGCGCUAUUGCGGGUGUAGCGGGUAACUCAGACGGCGGCGAAACCGCUAUAUUACGGAUGAAAUCGCGU